GCAUGCAAUACAAUAUUCUUCUGGCAUGAUGAAAAGGGUAAGAAGAUUAAAUGCACAGCUCCCCAGUACGUUGACUUCGUCAUGAGUUUGGUUCAGAAACUGGUGACCGAUGAAGACAUAUUCCCUACAAAAUAUGGUAAGGAGUUCCCCAACUCGUUUGAGUCACUAGUGAAGAAGAUCUGCCGGUUCCUGUUCCACGUGCUGGCACACAUCUACUGGGCGCACUUUAAGGAGACGGUGCUGCUGGACCUGCAGGGCCAUCUGAACACUCUCUACGCACAUUUCAUCGUCUUCGUCCGGGAGUUUAACCUGGUCGACCCCAAGGAGACCUGCAUCAUGGAUGACCUGUCGGAGGUCGUGUGUACCCCACCGCCCCCCUCUGCACAGAACCACGUCACGGAGAGAUGAGUGCUCCCCGGGGUGGGACCUUUACCCCAGCUAGGAACAGGACAAGAGCCUCAAACAACCCAACUCACCCCACCCCACACACACACACGCACACACACACACAUAUAUAUACACACACAUACGCACCCCAACCCCAUCUCACUCUAGCCCAAAGGCCUGGAUGCCUUUAAGGGGCUCAGAGACCUCACACACAUACACACACGCACGCAUUCCCGCACUCCCUGGUCAUUCUUGCAUUGGAGUGGUCCGAGGAUUCGGUGUGGGAUGUGGGGUGGGAAGGGGAGGGGAUUUGAGCUGAAGGGGAGAUGACUGGUUUGAACUCCAUCCCUGGGCUGUGCCCCCCCCCCUCCACUUGUCACCAUUGCAGAUAAAACUAGGAGAGGUGUGUAUUUUGUUUUUAUUGUUUUGCUUUUAUUUCGUUGGAUUUUUUGUUGUGGUUUUUAAGAUUUUAUUUUAAUCUCGGAGGCUGUUUUUUGUUUUUGUUUUUGUUUUGGAGGGGUCAUGUUCCCUUCCCCUCUUCACUGGCUUACUAUAACUGUAGUGGCGCUGUUUCACUGUUUUACUGAAGAUGGUGUGCACAGCCCAAACUUAUAAUAGCCACUAGCUCCCCCUUGUGGUGGGAAGACUGUAGGGAGCAGGUGCUUCUCCCGUCCAUCCAGUGGCUCAGCCUAGAAGCAUGGUGCGCUGAUGUCUAACGUGUGUUAUAUCAUUUAAACUGUCUGAUGCCUGGGAUGAUCAAAGCGUCUCUACUCAGGACCUGAGAGAACAUGUCACUGCUGCCAGAGAGAUAAUGGUCUCUCUCUUUCUUUAUCUCUCUCUCUCUCUCUUUCUUUAUCUUUAUCUCUCUAUCUAUCUCUCUCUCUCUCUUACAUUCUACAACAUUUGCAAUACCUUAUUCUGCAUUAAUUGUAUAGUACUGAAUUCUAAAGUCUACCUGACCCUCUUCAUAUAGAACUCUUUACAUACUCUGUAUUGGGUGUGUGUGUACACACACACACACACACACACACACACACACACACACACACAUGCCAAGACAGGCUGAGGGGAGGAAAACAAACAGCAUCAACAAGGUCAUAGAGAAUAUAAUACGCAUACAUAUUUAAUAUUUCAGGAUAAAUGGCGUGCAUGGGCCUUUGCCCCUCUGGAGACCUGAGAAGCACAGGGAGCAGAGGGAGGGGGUGGGUGUUGCUGCUGGGGUGGGGGUGGAUGGCCCAGUUGUAGCUGUGCUUAGGGGCCUGUGGGGACAAGGACAUGGCAGGUGUCUGCUAGCCUACUAAGGUAGAUGUCUGCUGGAGUCGGAGGCCAGAGCGUCACUGGUGGCGAUCAAUUGAUGUGCUAAUUGCAUCACACCGAGGAUUCCAAAUGCCUCCAAUAUAAUAGCCCUUUGGGUUUUUUUUUUUUUUUAACUUUUGCUUUCUGUUCAUUUCCCUGUUUUAAAGGAUUUUUUUAAGUAUCAAGAGAGGUCAUGACAAUGGCGUUGUGUGAGCAUGUAAGAUGCACAUGUCAUUGCAAGUUGGUUGUGUCAGAACUUUGCCUCUGUCAAAAGGGGAUUGGACUUGUAUUUAAUUUAUUUUGGUCUUAUUUGCAGGGUUCUUUAGUUCUGGCUUUCCUUUUAUCUAUUUUAAUUAUUAUCUUAAGUUAAAAGCGAUUUUAAUAUUUUAAGCUCUGCAAAUUAUAAUCUAAUAAAAGACAAAAAUACCA